UCAACCCAUUUAUUUUCAAGGUACCAAUCUCGAUGAUAUCAUGAUCAGAAGCUGUUUGCCAUCAACCCAUAUAUUUUCCAUCAUUCUUGUUCCUAUAUAUAGUAUAGUAGGAACUAGGAACUAGGAACUAGGAAGAGAUUAGAAAAUGGCUUCUAACAUGGAGGAUAGUAUGAUCCCUGAAAUGGAAAUGGAGAUAAUUAGGAAAGAUUUGCUCAGAAAGUCUGUGAAAGGCGAAUGGGCAGGAGUUAUUGACAUCUAUGAGAAGCACCCUCAUGCCCACAAGGCAAAGCUCACAAGGAAUGAGGACACAGCAUUACACAUGGCUGUCUCCAAUGACAAACAAGAGACUGUAAAGCAACUUAUGAACAUAAUUUCCAGUCAUCAUGAAGAAGGCAAAGAGGCACCUGAAAUUAAGAACAGGCAAGGGAAUACCCCUCUCCAUGUUGCUGCAUCAAUGGGGAGUGAGAUUAUGUGCGAGAGCAUAGCAGGAACAUGUCAACUUGGUUCAUCAUUUAUAGCUGCUCGUAAUUGUAAGGGAGAGACUCCCCUUUUCUUGGCAGUGCUAUGUGGCAAAAAAGAUGCAUUCCUUUACCUUCACAAUCUCUGUCAGAAGUAUAAACUUAAUGGCUAUGACUUUUCAUGGCGGAGCGAUGAUGAUGACACUAUUCUUCACGCUGCCAUUACUGUAGAACGUUUUGAUUUGGCAUUUCAAAUAAUUCACUUGUACCCAAAACUAGUAGACUCCAUCAAUAAGCAAGGAUUCUCUCCUCUCCAUCUGCUAGCCGACAAGCCUUCCGCUUUUGAAAGUGCAACUAUAUUUGCAUUAAUCGCAGAUUAUAUCAUUUACAGAGUUACUAUCAGAUCAAAACAGAAACGAGGGCAUACAAACUUAGAGAAUCCUGAAAUACAAAAUGUUCCACAUGAGCGAGGACAUCAAGGAAUUCUAACAGUUCCCAAACAGAAGCAUAAAUGGGUCACCCAAGUCAUGAACGAACUUGUAGAACGUACUUUAGUAUAUGAACUAGCAAGAGGGACGAACCCCGACAUGAUUAUUAGGUUUGAGAUGCUGGGGGAUCGAAAAACUCCAAUCUUUGGGAAUAAUAAAGUUUCAAUCGCAAGGGAGACACCCAUACUAAUUGCAGCAAAAAAUGGUAUUACCAAAAUGGUUGAGAAGAUCCUCGAAAAUUUUCCCGAGGCUGUAUAUGACUUGGAUCCAAGCAUGAAGAAUAUUGUGCUAUUGUCAGUGGAGCAUAAGCAAUGUGACGUUUAUGAGCUCUUACUCAACAAGAAGAAGAAGAAAGUUAUUCCCGACAGUGUUUUUUGGGAGGUUGAUAAAGAAGGCAAUACUGCACUGCAUCUCGCUGCAAAGGUAGCAAAUUCUAAUACAUGGCCAGUUCCAGGAGCCGCAUUCCAAAUGAAUUGGGAAAUCAAAUGGUUUGAGCAUGUACAAAGGUCCAUGCCAGAAUGGUACCCUUUUCUCUGCAACAAGGCAGGUGAAACACCAAGGGAGGUCUUCACCAAAUCACACGAGGGUCUUGUCAAACAAGGACAAAAGUGGCUGACCAGCAUUUCCGAGCAGGCAUGCCCGAUUGCAACAGGUCUCUUUGUCGCUGUUGCAUUCUCCACAUCAUCCAAUGACGGAUUCAAUUUUAAAGACCCUAAAUUACAAGGAGUAGUAAGACCGUCUGCAUUUAGUUACUCACUCCUCGUACCCGCAGCCUCCUUCUUCUUUUCAGUGGUAGCAGUGUUCUGUUUCCUACUGAUGAUCUGCUCGUCUUACAGUGAAAGCAGCUUUCGCACAGGCAACAGAUUGAUGGUGUUUCUUCUGGGGUUAGCUGCCUUUUACUUAUCUUUGCUUAGUACUUUGGAAUCUUUCUCUCUUGGACAUUUCUUAACGGCCAUAAAAGAGCUAGACACAUCUAACUAUUUACCUCGCUAUAUGACAUUAGCGGUGGGGUACUAUACUCUAGUACUAAUAAUACCGAUGCCAUUCUACCUUCACAUGGCAUGGGCAUUCUUUCGCGGGCCGCAUACUAUGAAAUUAGUGAUUCCUGGAUUUUUUCCUACCAAGAAUUAGUCAGUAAUUCCAUUUCUAGCUAGCAGCUUCUUCAAGAGUUUGGUGAUUCGGGCUUAAAAAAAAUCGAUAGAUCAACUCCUUUAUGCAAUUCCUAAUGAUUAAGUGGAUAUGUGUGUUGUAUUUCAUUAAUCUAUACAUCUGGUUAUUUUGAAUGAUCAU